GAGAGCAGAGUAUACCGCAGACAUCAUUUCUACUACAGUGGAGGAGCCGUACAGGACCUGUUUCACUGCAGGGGGAUCCAAAACAAGCCCUGUGGAGCCGCAGCUAGAGCUACAGCAGCCGCAGGACACUGUGUCUCUCCCUCUGUCCCCCCUUCCCCACGCAACCCCAGAUCCAUUUACACUUUACAAAGCAUCUGCAGCGUGCAACACAUCACAAGGGCGGUCCCUUCAAGCUGCAGAUCUGUCUGCCAUCAUUAUCCCACAGCCUCUUCCUCCACUCCCUGCACGGGAAGGGCGUCCCCUGUCAGGGAAGGUCAAAACUGGAAAACUGCAGCAGCGACAGGCUAGAUGGGAGAAGUGCAGACAGAAGCUCACUACCCCAUGCCCUUGCUGGGAGUUCAGCCCAUGGAAUGUUCUGUAGGAAAAAGGAAUGGCGGAGAUAUUUCAGUUACAUUUUGUUCUCGGUCAAAACCUUCUGAAAUAUAAAUCUGCUGUGUGUUGAGAAUGGAGACAGCAGUUCAUAGAACUUGAAUGGCUUUCAUUUAACUAGAGGAUCGCACAGAAAGAGGCACUUGUUCCGACAACCAUAUUUUUGGCUUUCUUUGACUUAAAGAAAAUCAAAUCCCUGUUUACAUAUCUGAGAAGAUUGUUUUAUGAACAAAGACAUGGGUCAAAUCGAAUCACAGUGGCUUCUGUGACAGCAAAUAGAAACAUUUCUAAAGUGAAAUACAAAUAUUUCUAAGCCUCAGUCAGCCGGAGCCCACGGUAAUGAUACGAGUUGGUGAUAUGAAACCAUUUGCAGUUAUAAUUCAGUUGUAGAUGUGCUUUUUCUUCUGAAGUGUAGAAAUCUUUUUUUAAAACAAAAUUCUAAUCUCUUGCCAGCUCAAAUUCUUAUUUGUACUUCACCUAUUUGCAUAAUAGGGGACGAAUAUGAAUAUAUAUUCGUUUAUGUGUGCAAUCAUAGAAGUUAUCUUUAUUUUGGCUUUUCUGCAGCGGAUUACUUUUUUCUCUGGUAAUGGUAUCCGGAAUUGUUUCCAAUAGUGGAAAUUUCAUAAUUACCCACAAAUGUGACUUUUCCAUGUUGACAGAUCCCACAGAGGCUCAGAGCCAGUGCUUGUGGCCGACGGGCUGCACUUUAGAAGUAAGGGCAUUCUGAAGCACAACUUCUGAGCAGACCUCCACUCUGCACCCUAGUAGCAGAUGGUGGAUUGUUCUGUGUUGGGUUUUUGAAAACCCAGCUCCUCUGGCAUUGGCCUGGGACUCAAUGCAAGUAUAACUGCUUUUAUUAUCCACCACCAUCUCCUGAAAGCUCUCAGCACCCCAUGGCCUGUGGUUCUUGACACUCAGGCUUCUCAUGGAGGUUGAGGACUUCUUCUUCUUCUUCCUCCACUACUUUGAUAUUGUUUUGAGACUGGGCCUCAGGUAAUCCAGGCUAGCCUAGAAUGCACAAUCCUCCAGCCAUCGCUUCCAGAUGUGAACUACCACACCUCAGUCUACAGAAAUUUAAAAAAAAACAAAAAGACACAUUUGCCAAGUUUGGUGGCUCAUGCUUAUAAUUCCAGCCCCAGGGAGGCUGAGGCAGGAAGCAAGCUCAGCCUGGGCUACAUCUUGGUACCCUAUCUCAUAACAGAGAACAGCACAAAAAUUCCUAUCUAGAGCUGGCAAGAUGGCUUAGUGGCUCAUGCUGCUUCUACUCAGGCCGGGUGUCCAGUUACAUUCCCAGAAUCCAUGGAAAAAUGGAAAAGACAGAACUCACUCCACAAGUCAUCCUCUGACAUUCACAGAUUGCAGCAUCCUGGAACGGAAUGAAAAUAUCUGUGUCGGAAAGGCUAAAGUAGGGUUGCAGUAGACCCUGAGCAAAACAGAGUGGACUCCAGCCUGCACGAAUGAGUUUGAAACAGGAAAGGUUCGGGGUUCAGGCCUCUUACACUGACUUUCUCUACUGCCACCCUUUCUACUCAAGCAAAAUCUUCAAGAAAAGAUCUCCUGAGAAGGUGGUGGCUGCUUGUGGCUUUGCACUGUGCUGAAGGCAAAUGGUACAGUUUUCCAAAGAAAAUAGACCAAAAUUUUCUUCUUGAGAAGAAACAAGCCUGCUGUUGGCAGAGGGUAUUUCUAACCUCUCUGUGAAAGAAAGAAAGACAACACCAGAGCCUGGGCGGCCCAGCUGCUGAGGGACGUUUCCAUGGUGAAGUCUCAGGGAGGCUUCCUGGGAGCAGAGCAUAGUGAAUGCUAAUCCGGAGCUGCUACUGCCAGCCUAGAGAACCCACGGGGAGAUGAUUCCUCAUGAAGGGCCUGGAUCCCCUACAGAAAUCCAAUGUGACUCUCUGUUUAUCAGACUAAAACCAGAGCCAGCCAGACAGUGAAACAGCCACCGUGGAGGGGGGACGGCGAAAAAUGAAAUCCAACCAAGAGCGGAGCAAUGAAUGCCUGCCUCCCAAGAAACGUGAAAUCCCUGCCACCAGCCGGCCCUCUGAGGAGAAGGCCACCGCUCUGCCCAGCGACAACCACUGCGUGGAGGGUGUGGCCUGGCUCCCCAGCACCCCUAGCAGCCGUGGCCAUGGGGGUGGGCGGCACGGACCAGCAGGGACUUCCGGGGAGCAUGGUUUACAAGGAAUGGGUUUACAUAAAGCACUGUCCGCAGGGCUGGAUUACUCCCCACCCAGUGCCCCCAGAUCAGUCCCCACAGCCAACACGCUGCCCACCGUGUACCCUCCUCCUCAUUCAGGGACCCCGGUGUCUCCUGUGCAGUAUGCCCACCUUUCACAUACCUUCCAGUUCAUUGGGUCCUCCCAAUACAGUGGGCCUUACGCGGGCUUUAUCCCUUCCCAGCUGAUCUCCCCAACAGGCAACCCGGUCACCAGUGCGGUGGCUUCAGCUGCAGGGGCCACCACUCCAUCACAGCGCUCCCAGCUGGAGGCUUAUUCCACCCUGCUGGCCAACAUGGGCAGUCUGAACCAGGCACCAGGACAUAAGGUCGAACCCCCUCCGCAGCAGCACCUCAGCAGGGCUGCGGGAUUAGUCAACCCGGGGUCCCCUCCACCCACCCAGCAGAACCAGUACAUUCAUAUUUCCAGCUCUCCACAGAGCUCCGGACGGGCAACAUCUCCCCCACCCAUCCCGGUCCACCUCCAUCCCCAUCAGACGAUGAUCCCGCACACACUCACCCUGGGGCCUUCAUCCCAGGUGGUUGUGCAAUACAGUGACGCUGGAGGCCAUUUUGUUCCUCGAGAGUCCACCAAAAAAGCCGAGAGCAGCCGGUUGCAGCAGGCUAUGCAAGCCAAGGAGCUCCUGAAUGGGGAGAUGGAGAAGAGCCGGAGGUAUGGGGCGUCAUCUUCUGUGGAGCUGAGCCUGGGGAAGGCAAGUGGCAAGUCAGUGCCUCAUCCCUAUGAGUCCAGGCAUGUGGUAGUCCACCCAAGCCCAGCAGACUACAGCAGUCGUGAUACCUCGGGGGUCCGUGGAUCUGUGAUGGUUCUGCCCAACAGCAGCACGCCCUCAGCUGACCUGGAGACCCAGCAGACCACGCAUCGAGAGGCCUCCCCAUCCACCCUCAAUGACAAAAGUGGCCUGCACCUAGGGAAGCCUGGCCACAGGUCCUAUGCGCUGUCCCCACACACGGUCAUUCAGACCACACACAGUGCAUCAGAGCCCCUUCCGGUGGGCCUACCAGCCACGGCCUUCUACACUGGCACUCAGCCUCCUGUCAUCGGCUACCUGAGCGGCCAGCAGCAAGCGAUCACCUAUGCUGGCGGUCUGCCGCAGCACCUGGUGAUCCCAGGUGCCCAGCCCCUGCUCAUCCCAGUGGGCAGCCCUGACAUGGACACGCCUGGAGCAGCCUCGGCCAUAGUGACGUCAUCACCCCAGUUUGCUGCAGUACCUCACACUUUUGUCACCACCGCCCUGCCCAAGAGCGAGAACUUCAACCCGGAGGCUCUGGUCACCCAGGCUGCCUACCCAGCCAUGGUUCAGGCCCAGAUCCACCUGCCGGUGGUGCAGUCGGUAGCAUCCCCUGCCACGGCGUCACCCACGCUGCCGCCCUAUUUCAUGAAAGGCUCCAUCAUCCAACUGGCCAACGGGGAGCUGAAGAAAGUGGAGGACCUGAAGACUGAGGAUUUCAUCCAGAGUGCAGAGAUUAGCAAUGACCUCAAGAUCGACUCCAGUACUGUGGAGAGGAUCGAGGAGAGCCACAGCCCCGGUGUGGCCGUGAUACAGUUUGCUGUUGGUGAACACCGAGCCCAGGUCAGUGUGGAAGUUUUGGUGGAGUAUCCUUUUUUUGUAUUUGGACAGGGCUGGUCAUCCUGCUGUCCUGAGCGGACCAGCCAGCUCUUUGAUCUGCCGUGUUCCAAACUCUCCGUUGGGGACGUCUGCAUCUCCCUCACCCUCAAGAACCUGAAGAAUGGCUCUGUUAAAAAGGGCCAGCCUGUGGACCCUGCCAGUGUCCUGCUGAAGCACUCAAAGACCGACAGCCUGGCUGGCAGCAGACAGAGGUACACCGAGCAGGAAAACGGAAUCAACCAGGGAAGCGCCCAGGUGCUCUCUGAGAAUGGCGAACUGAAGUUUCCAGAAAAGAUAGGAUUGCCUGCAGCACCCUUCCUCAGUAAGAUAGAACCGAGCAAGCCCACGGCCACGAGGAAGAGGAGGUGGUCGGCGCCGGAGACCCGCAAACUGGAGAAGUCGGAGGACGAGCCACCUUUGACUCUUCCCAAGCCUUCGCUCAUUCCUCAGGAGGUGAAGAUCUGCAUCGAAGGCCGCUCUAACGUGGGCAAGUAGAGACCGUGCGGGCAGCGGAGGCCUGGUCCUCCUUCUGCUGUCUGUAUCCAGAUUACUGUACUGUAGGCUAAGUAACACAGUAUUUACAUGUUAUCCUCUUUAGGUUUGUAUUCUAACCUUGUCAUUAGAGUCAAACAGGUGUGUCGCAGGAGACUGGUGCGUUUGCAUUGUCUGCAAAUGUCUGUUGGGGAGCUGGCGGGUGGAGGGUGGUUAGAACCAUGGCCGUGGAGCUCCGGGGCAUCCUAGGUGGCCCUGGAUGUGGCUUCAUCAGCACCUGUCUUCUCCAGCAGCACAGAGUUGAGGGGCAUCAGUUCCUACUGGUUUCAAGAGCAAACAGUGGGAAAUAACCUGCAAGGAUGUGUCUGGGUGCAUCCCUUGUGAAGGGGUACACGGGUGGCAUGGCGGCAAGUGAGAGUGUCUCUUUCUUUGCCUCCGUGUCUCCCUCAUUUGCUCCCUCUCAGUAUGGGAUUGGGGGACCUGGGUUUCCCACAUGCAAAGUCAUUAGGGACCCAGCUUCCAAGCAUUGUAGGGAGACAUCGGACAGACAGAUGGGAAACUAGUUUCAAAGAACGUGGUUCUCUCCAACAUAUUUUACAAUAAAAAGCAACUUUUAAUCAUAGAUAUAUAGAUAUAUAUAUAUUUCCCCCCAUGGGGCCUGACUGCACUGAGGUUUUUUUUGUUUGUUUUGUUUUGUUGUUUUUUGUUUUCGUUUUUUAAGAGCAGCUGCCACUUGCGGGAUUUCAUUUCUGCUUUACCAGUCUAGUGACAUCACCAGUUGUCAUGGUGGGUAGGGAAGUCCCUGCUCAGGUCACUCCUGGUCAGGCAGGUAGCAGUGGGGCGGGGUGGGGGGAGCACCCACACUGGUUUCUGUGCAGUGUUAGGAAAACCAAUCAGGUUAUUUGCAUUGACUUUUGCUUCCAAGAGGAAAAUGCAAGCCCCCUACGCCCUUCCAGAGAGCCAGCUUCUCUGGGCUGGGCUGGCAGCAUCUUCUCUAUCUUUUAGUCUAGCACUGUUCAUGACUAUGGACAACUCGGGUGCCGCUUUUUUUUUUUCCUCAAUCCCAGUGUGACAUGAGGAAUUAGAUCUGGAAGAUGCUCGUCUGUUACUAUUAUCUCGUAAACAGUUAAAAAUGCUGCACAGGCUUCUUAACCAAGCAUCUUGGCCUGUCAUUAGACAAGUACUGUAUCUCACUUUCAACUCUUUUGGGGGGAAAAAAAAGACAAACCUAAGUUGCUUUUGGUUUUUUGUUUUUGUUUUUGUUUUCUUCUCAACACUGUAACUACACUUCAGCUCUGCGAGAUUGCUCACAAGGCAGCAGUCAAAAACUCCAAUCUGGUUUAAAAGGGAUGAAUGUGAAUUACGAACUAGCCCGUGACAAUAUACGAUCACCAAGUACUACCUGACGGCAGGCACUUGUCACUUUGAUGUUGGAGAAAGAAUUAAAGGCAUAUGCAGAGUUGGCAGAGAAACCGAGAAAAGUCACAGAGGAAAAAAAAGACACAAAGGAAAAGACGCUCCAUGGUGUCCAGUGUUCCUAGGGUGAAUGCCUAGUGAACUUUGCAAUUUGCACAUCUUGAGUUUAUUAUUUGUGUGAUAUUCCUGCAGUUUUUAUCUAAUAACAUUGUGGGAAAGGUUUGGGAGGGUUGCAAGAGCAUAAAUAAAUGUAGCAAAAUUAUUUUCUAACCUGCCUAGACCCUAGGCCCUUCUUAGAAGGUUCUGUCCCUUUGAGACUUCAUUUUGUCAUCUGCCACAUCUGUCACCAGAAGCCAGGUCUGAGAGUCUUCCUCAGAGUCAUUGAGGGUUUUCCAUACAGACAUUUUACAUAUGUGAGCAAGUAUUUUCAUU